AUGCACAUCUUCAGACGCUCAAAAUCGACGUCCGCGAAGCAGCAGCAGCGACAGCCACAGUCUUCGCCGCCGCCACCGUCCGCCCCACCGUCCUCGUCGCGGCCCCCACUCGUCGCCCAGACCAAUAUCGACCUCCAGAACACCCUCUCAGCCUUUUCCUCAGUCGACAGCGACUCCUCUUCCAGUCUCUCGCCAUACGAAACCUCUCCUUCAAAACAGUCUAUCGGGAGAAAAAUCAGCCCCCGUGAUGUAGGAGUGGAGUUCAGCAGACCCGGGGCUUCCCAAUCAUCAAGUUCUCGAGCAGAUCCUAUUGCCUGGGGUGCAGUCCUCCCCCCUCCUCGCCCAUCGUCUCGCUCAGCCAAGAUGACUUAUGCCAGCCACCCUGAACUCUACACCCAAAACGACCUCAAUACCUUUUCAUUCGGUGCUCCCCAUCCAACGUCGCCUGCUUCUUUAUCGCCCUCUGUCGAUCCCUUGUCGCGGCAUCGCGACGAAACAGACUCUGACGAAGUCGUUUUCAUCUCUGAUACCACCCCUCGUCCGUCUGUUGUGGGGCAGCACCCACGCAGUCAUCAAUCGCAUCCUUCGUUGCCAGAAGAUGGGCAGCACUCUCUUCCCCCUCCUCGAAGGAAGCAGUCUAACAGGGGGACUAGGACGAAGGAGAAAUCCCGUGAUCGAGAUUCAGACGCUGCCUCCGUCCACACCUUCGGCACCUCAUCAGCUUCAGCCUCAGUUUCUUCACUCUCAAGACCUAGUAGAUCAAAUUCUAGGGCAAGGUCUAGGAAGGGUGGAUAUUCGAGCACUACCCCACAAACCUCAGCCACCGAUAUGACUUCGGACGAGGAUGACAUGGACCGUCGCCAUCCCCUUCCUCCUGAGCCCCUUGACCCUUCUGAUGUUCCACCACGAAUUCCCCUUCGAGAACAAGAAUCAACACUCUAUCUCUCGGAGGAAGACUUCGAUGGUUAUGCAGAUGAGGAUGAUAACGACAACGAUGGGAUUGAAAUCGAAUCUGCUGUCCACGACGCCAGCGACCGGGGAACAUUUCUCGACUACCGCAGUUCCAGUCGGGAGAGCAUAACGGGAAGCUACAGCCAAAGAAGAGGCAGCAUUCCAGUCCCCAUUCCUCAUACACCCUCCGAGAGAUAUUUAGCAGAGCACCGUGCCCGCGAGAACAGCCUAGCAACCCUCAGACGACCAAGCAGAAGUCUAGAGGAUCUGCACUCUUUCUCUUUCGCUCAGGCAUCCGGCUCAUCCUCAUCAGCCCUCGGCAGGGGUGACGACAGACCGCUACCUCCCGCACCGACAUCAGUGCCGGAGAGCGAGGGCGAUUGGCGAGACCUUCGCAAGCGAUCUAUCCAGCGAGAUAAGGACCUCCCUCCUAUAACGAUCCAGCAUAGUACAUCCGCUACAAUGCCAGCAGGUGCCUCCAGCUCGAAAACAAUCACUUCGAACUGCUUGUCGUCGUCUAAUGGCUUUUCGGUCAGCGAACUCGACACAUCUUGGAUGCAGUAUGGCGUCAACGGCCUCGUUGGUUUCAAUAUGGACGAAGUGGCCGACAUUGUCGGCGAAGGCGGGCUGAACGGACGACGGCCUUCAGCUUACUCCUUCCGCAAAGGAAGCGCCGCAAGCACCUUCAGGCGCCACAGUACGGUUUCUAGUACGAACGUUGACAUCAUGCACAGGAACAUCCUCGUCUGGGGUAAUCAGCGCUUCCUCGACCAACGGCAUAUGUGGACGUUCAAACGAGAAGUCGACCGUGUCGACAGCGAGCACGACAGGCGGCAGAAUGCCCACCCCGAUAGGGAGCGGCCGAGCAUUUCGACACUCUUCAACUCUCGGCCGAGUACAGCAACCGUGACCGAAGGCGCCAUUCCUUCUUUCUUGAUGGAUGGUGUACCUCCGGAGAAGGAGAAGAAGCCUUCGAGCAAGGACAAGUCCCAGAAGGAGCCUUGGAGAGGGAUGGCGUUGGAUUCUGAGGAGAUAUGGCAUAAUGGUGCCAGUGGCAAGUUUAGAAUUACUCGGAAGAAUGCGACUUCGUUGGAAGCGGGAAAGCCUCCUCAGCAGCGUCUCAACAUCUCUUACAUCCGCAGCCCAUACAUUAGCAAUGCCACCAACCGCGACACGGCUGACGGGCCUGCCGUCACGAUUCACAAACACUCAAAGGCUGGGGCAUUUUCAAUCAGCCGACAUUAUCGUACGAGGACCACCGCGACCAAUGACACCACGACCUCUCUCCGUAAUGCAUCCUCGCGCAUCUCAUCGAAGGAUUCUCCGGAUGGGAACAGGAAGAAGGCUAACAACAUGAUUCUGCUGGCCCCUCGUCGCGUGCAGAAGGCCUACACAAGCACCAACACGACCAGGAAGCUCGAGUCGCACGGGCUGCUGGAUGACUCUGGCCGUCCAAGUCCGAACCAUGAGCGACGGCAACCCACGCUGAAGGACAAGGAAAGGGAGCAGCGAAGGGAGACAGAGAGGUACCGUCCGUCCGAGAAGGAUGGGCCCGGGAGUUCUUCGGGCAAGGUGAGAGAGAACACAACGGUUGUUGCGUCCUCCAGCAAGACGGUGCCUCUGCAUCCGCCUGUGACCAAGCCGAAGGACAUCCCUCCUCCUAAAAAGCCCGUGCCCGACAACUCUGAAGGUAGCAGCGCCGUCUCAAGCCUCGAAAGCCGCGGGAAUGUGAACAGCUCAACUGCAGCCACAACGCCGGACCAGAGUGAAGACAAUCGUUCAUUCGGCUCCGUCGAGCAGCAAUCCGUCGUCACCCAUGAUACCAGUUACCGAAGACGCGGCUCUAUGAUGGACGGAAUGGACGACGACAGUGACGACGAGCGGCCGCGGUAUCCCACUCGCACGCCUUAUCGCGAAACUUACGCCGCCCUUCCUCCGGAGGUUUUCGAAAUGGCGCAUCAAGAGCACCCGUCGCAUGGAUUGUUCAGCUGGGGCAAGACAAAGAGUGGGGAGCAUGGCGGCCCUCGUGCGUAUCUCGAAGCCUCGUACAAACCUCCAUGGGCGGUCACUGCACCUCGCUUCAACUCGGAAACUCGCAAGGGCAUCGUUGACGACUUGAACAUGUCCUUCCAAGACGUCGGCCUAUUGCCUGCCAUCGGCGAGAUUAAGGGCUCCAGCCACAGCGGCCAAAACAAGCGCAAGCGUGAGCAGCAGCAAGCCAAGCCUAUCCGUCGGAACCCCGACAAGCAAGACAUUUUCGAGGACAUUCCGCCGGAUGCGCUUUAUAUGCUUCUUCCCCUUUGGCCUGGAGAGACGGACGCGGGGUCGAACAGGAAGUACCCUUUCACUGCGCCUUCUCUUCCUACGCACACGAGGCAGUAUCUGCUUAUUUAUUACAUGACCCCACCUGCGGCAGUUCCUCGUGAUGACGGCAAGACAAAGUCGGGCGAGAAGAAGCGCUCGCGCAAUUCUCCGACGUCCUCACACGAUUCCGUCAACAGGCGCGACGACCGGUCUGUCUUCUUGAGCACCUUCCACAUUAGUGCCCGGGUGGUGUCUUAUCGCGACAUGCAAGGCUCUGGUGUACGGAUACCCGACGUCGGUCUCGCCGUUUCUGGCCCGCUGCAGGACGCAUACGAGAGUAUGCCACAUUCUUCUGUCAUUGGGAGCGACUACGUUAUCGGGGUAUGCCACUCACGCGAGGCAGGUAUCGAGUUUGUUCCUGAAGGGUUUGAGAAAAUGGGCCUGUCCCAUGCCAUCCUGAACCCGCGAACGAUGGAAGAGAACGAGGACGACGACACUGGGUCUAUGGAUACGAUUUCAGUUCUGACGCCUAUAGGACGAGCAGUUAUGGAAAUGGCCUGGCUUGGAAGCCUGGCCGUGACGAGUUUCAAUCCCAAUCCUUAA